AUGGGGCUGCACCCCCAAGAGCCGCUGCUGCGCGCCCCAGGAGCUGCUCUUGCACCUCCACAUCUGUCCCUGCGCCCCGGCUGUCGUGCACAAGGGCCCGAGCCCUGCCCCACCCCGCACCCGGCCUGCUCACAAGACGACCCUGAGGGGCUGAGGACCCGCGGGCCCCUGAGGGAGGGCGUGCUGGAGAAGCGCAGCGGGGGGCUGCUGCAGCUCUGGAAGAAGAAGCGCUGCCUGCUGACGGAGAAGGGGCUGCAGCUCUUCGAGCCCAAGGGCUCGCGGCGCAAGGAGCUGAGCUUCGCCCGCAUGAAGGCCGUGGAGUGCGUGGAGUGGAAGGAGCGGCACAUUUACUUCACGGUGGUGAUGGACGACAGCGUCGAGAUCGAUUUCCGCUGCGCGCAGGAGGACCCGGGCUGGAACGCCGAGAUCACCAUGGGGCUGGUGCGCUUCAAGAACCAGCAGGCGAUGCAGGAGGUGCGCGCCCGGCACAGCUGCCGAGCAGUGGUGCAGCUGGACGCAGCCCCGGUGGGACAGCCCAGGGAAUCACAGCUUCCCAGGAGUCGGAUGGAGAUGGCCCUCGGCUCGGCAGGUGCUGGGGACAACGGGAUCCCUGCGGGCAAGUGAGGUCACUGCUGUGCAGCCCGGGGACGAGGACAGUGACCCCGGGGAGGCUGGUGCUGGCGCUGGCUCCCCCUGUGCUGGGGCAGGACUGAAGCUCCACAAGAGCUGGGUCGGCACAGCCACCUCUCCUUGGCACAGCAGGGCAAAGGACACAGGCAGGGCCACCACCUGGUGCUUCAGACGAGGCAGGAGGUGACAUCCGUGCCUGGGGCCCUGCCACCCUUCAUUCCGCUGACAUGUGCAGACCGUGGUGCACUGCUGGGACCCCGGCCUCUCCUGCAGGACAGGGGUACGUGAGGCUGUCCUGGAAGGAUCCGUGCCACAGGGAGCUCUGCUUGUGUGACAGUGACACUGGGACAGAUGGAUGCGGCUGGGUCCUGAUUUUAAAAAGGGGCUGCUGGAGAGCUGCUGCUGCUGCAGCAGGGACCCCUCAGCAGGGCACUGAGCCGAGAGCGUGGUGACACAGCAGUGCUGCUGGACAUUGUCUCACCCUGGGAUGUCCUUGGGCUGCUGGGGAUUGCUGGGGACCCCAAUUCCCUGUACCAAAAGUGUCCCUAAACAGGACUUUCAGCUUCUUACCCUGGUGUUGCUUUGAUUUGUGGGACCCCACGGCACGGGAGAGCACAAAUCCUGCACAGAGCUUUGCCAGUCAUGACCCCUAAACCAGUCAGGCUUUAGUCCCCCUCUGGCACCCUGAGGCUGGUCCCCAGUCCUGCUGCGCCCAGGGAUUCCCACGGUGGUUUGUGU